AUGGCUGACAGCCAGUUUGCUUUGUCAAACCAAAACAUCGCUGAGCAACUUAAAGAAAAUGCGAAAAACAAAAACACGUUGAAAGCUACACAGACCUGGUUAAAUGUCUGGCAAACAUGGGCGACUCAACGAAAAGUAAACCCAAAAAUGGAAGAAUACGAGCACGAACAACUCGAUAAAAUGUUGCAAAUCUUCCACACAGAAAUACGCACAAAAGACGGGUGUGAGUACGAACCUGAGAGUUUAAAAUCCAUGCUGGCAGCCCUCGACCGCUAUUUAAAAGAGCAUGACUACAAGUACUCUAUUAUACGAGACCGAGAGUUUCACCAGUCGAAGUUGGUACUCGAAGGAAAAGUGAAGUGUCUCCGUCAACAAGGAAAAGGCAAGAGACCCAACGCCGCGAACGCACAGACAGCCGAAGAAGAAAAAAUGCUAUGGAGUGAACUAAGUCUCGGCGACUGCAGUCCAAGAGUUCUUUCCCAGACGAUGUGGUGGAUCUUGACUCAACAUUUUGGCCUGAGGGGAAGACAGGAACACCAUUCAAUGGAAGUCGAGGACUUCAGUUUUUGUGUGGACGACAGCGGCACAGAGUACGUCACAUUUAAAGAAAAUCCUACAAAGACGAGGCAGGGAGGACUGAACACAAAACAUCGUAGUGUUCUGCCAAAAAUGUUCGCUACUGGCGGUCAGAGAUGUCCUGUUGAGUUACUGAAGCAAUACCUUAGUAGGCGUCCUCAAGAGCUGCGCGACAAAGGUCCUUUUUACCUUGCCAUAAUCGAAAAUCCUAAAACAAAUGUUUGCUACAAGAAGCAGCGGCUCGGCGUAAACAGCAUCGACAAUAUGAUGAAGAGCGUCGUCAAGAACACAGCUCUGGAAACAAGCAAGAAGAAAUUGACUAACCACACCGCAAGGAAGACAGUUGUGAAGAAACUCAGAGCAGCAAGCGUCGAGAGGCAGUCGAUAAUCCAGGUGACCGGCCACGCAAGUGAAAAGUCUCUUAACGACUACGAUGAAGGUAGCGAGAAGGAACAGCGACAGCUUUCAAACAUUAUCAGCAAUGCUCCACAGUCAGUAGCCUCCAGCAGUUUUCCUGGUCUACCAAUGUGGUCUUCUCCUGCAACGACUUCAACGUGUGAACAGGUGAAAACAAGCGGCCAUGCUUUCACUGUGAACAACUUUCACAACUGUCAAGUCACAUUUAACGGGAUUCAGGGGCAAUGCAGUUCACCAAAGUCUACAAGUCAGAAUGUUUAG